UUUCAUUCCUUUCGUUCCUUUCGUCACACGAUGUCUAUCUCUCUACGGUGUCUUCUAUCCCUUUUCGCAGCUCUUCUUCUCAUGCAAAGUCUGGCAGACGCUCAAACAAGUAGCGACUCUUUCAUUCAUUCUCGUGCAGCUUAUUAUCCAAAUUCUGAUGAAAAAGGAACAGAUAAAGGCGCAUGUGGGUUCGGUUCCUUUGGAGCUACCAUUAAUGAUGGGGAUGUAUCAGCUGCAUCUGACCUCUACCGAAAUGGUGUUGGCUGUGGGGCUUGCUAUCAGGUGAGGUGCACCAACACAGCCUACUGCUCGGACAAAGGGGUAACGGUAGUUAUAACAGACCAAGGUUCAGGUGAUCGAACUGACUUCAUUCUGAGCAGACGAGCUUUCGGUCGGAUGGCUCUAACUACUGAUGCGGCUGCUUCUCUGCUAGCUCUUGGUGUGAUUGAUAUUGAGUAUAGACGUGUCUCAUGCAGCUACCCGAACAAAAAUAUAACAAUAAAGAUAGAUGAGAACAGCAACUACCCUUAUUAUUUGGCUUUCGUCAUAUGGUAUCAGCAAGGCAAGAAGGAUAUCACUGCUUUGCAGCUCUGUGAGACUGAGAAUUUGGUGUGCAAGCUCUUGGAUCGAAGCUAUGGAGCAGUAUGGACGACCACCUCGCCUCUAAGCGGGCCUUUGUCUCUGAGAAUGUUGCUCGGCGAUGAGGAAGAAGGUCAAGAGCAAUGGAUAAUUCCCACUAAUAACAUACAAGACUGGAAAGCUGGAGAAACUUAUGACUUGGGAGUACAAUUGGAUUUAUAG